CAAUGGUGUAAGUGCAAGGGUGGGACCCCUGCAGUCGGAGUUCCGUCUGCCUCAUACUGAGGAUUAAGGGGGGUCUGUUGAUUUGGGCUAAUUCUAAUCGGUGCCGGAUUUGUGAAUGUUUUCGGAACUUGUUCUGGGAAGGGAAAGGGGUGUAUGACCCAGCUGGAGCUGUGGGCACUCGAAACAGUCUGAACAGGAUUCUUGUGAUCCAACAAAACGGAGAGCCGGGGGGCCUCCGCGGGGGCUGCGAGGAAGGACAGGAGUGGAGACAGGAGAUCCGAAUCGGGAUCGACAAUAUCGGACUCGGCCCGGGGGAGCAGGGGAACUGCUCGAGAAGCCAGGGGAGAUUGCUAAUGCACCCGCUGCUUACAUCGCGGAUUAUUCUUGUCUUUUCACAUCGACGAAAGGAAAAAAUCGGAAGGCUAUAAGGGAAUACAUCUAUUUCCAGACGUGGAGCUAGCUGGCCGGCUAGCUACCAAAGAACCAACUGAAAAAAACACAUCCAUUGAGCCGAACAAGUCCUGCAAGGUUCGUGAAGUGUACGCUGCAAGAGGGAGAACUUGUGUGUAGGAUCGCCCUUCGAUAACUAGCCACCUGGCCUGCAGACAUGGGCAACGCGCCCACCGCCAAGAAGGGCAGCGACAUGGAAAGCGUGAAGGAGUUUCUUGCAAAAGCCAAAGAAGAUUUCCUGAAGAAAUGGGAAAUCCCUGCACAGAACACUGCGUCUCUGGACCAGUUUGAGCGGUUAAAGACUCUCGGUACCGGCUCCUUCGGCCGGGUCAUGCUGGUCAAGCACAAAGAGUCGGGUCAGCACUACGCCAUGAAGAUCCUCGACAAACAGAAGGUGGUGAAGCUGAAGCAGAUUGAACACACACUGAAUGAGAAGCGAAUCCUGCAGGCAGUCAGCUUCCCUUUUCUUGUCCGAGUGGAGUACUCCUUUAAGGACAACACCAACCUGUACAUGGUGAUGGAGUACGUGCCUGGAGGAGAGAUGUUCUCUCACCUGAGGAGAAUCGGUAGAUUCAGUGAGCCCCACGCUCGCUUCUAUGCUGCCCAAAUUGUGCUGACCUUUGAGUACCUACAUUAUCUGGACCUCAUCUACCGGGACCUGAAGCCAGAAAACCUGCUCAUUGACCAGCAGGGCUACAUACAGGUAACAGAUUUUGGAUUUGCCAAGCGGGUGAAGGGCAGGACCUGGACGCUCUGUGGCACUCCGGAAUAUCUGGCCCCGGAGAUCAUCCUCAGCAAGGGUUAUAAUAAGGCGGUGGACUGGUGGGCUUUGGGGGUACUGAUUUACGAGAUGGCAGCGGGGUACCCACCUUUCUUUGCUGACCAGCCCAUCCAGAUCUACGAGAAGAUAGUUUCGGGGAAGGUGCGAUUCCCCUCCCACUUCAGCUCGGACCUGAAGGACCUCCUGAGGAACCUGCUGCAGGUGGACCUGACCAAGCGAUUCGGCAACCUGAAGAACGGCGUCAAUGACAUCAAGGGUCACAAGUGGUUCGCCACCACGGACUGGAUCGCCAUCUACCAGAGGAAGGUGGAGGCCCCCUUCAUCCCCAAGUGCAAAGGCCCGGGGGACACCAGCAAUUUUGACGACUACGAGGAAGAGGAAAUCCGGGUCUCCUUCACGGAAAAGUGCGGAAAGGAGUUUGCCGAGUUCUAGACCCACCCGCGGAGCUGCUGGGGGUGGGCGAGACGGACGGACAGGAGGAGGGAGAGAGAGAUGAUGUGGAGGGGGUGUGGGGGUGAAGCUGAGGCACUCUUUCCUAUCUGAUAACAGAACCACCAGCCUGAGACAGACUGAGGGGAAGGGGGCGGGGGGUGGCAGCAGUAUUGCCUUUUCAGUGUUUUUUUUUUGUUUUUCUCUCUAAUUUAUUUUUCUCAUUCCUUUAUCUCCUGAGUGAAAUGUCCUCAACUAGCGAACAACAUGGGUACAAACUCACAUGUUUCCUAUGCCGUGAUGUGACGCAGAAUGAUGACAUCAUGCUGGUUGGGAGUUCAGGUUCUCUUUGUCCGCAACACAAAUUGCCGAGUUGUUGAGUCUUAAUCAAAUGAAAGAGACUGAAGGCUUGCUUUCCAGGGAUAAAAGAUUUUUAUGUUGUUCUUAUACAUGGCAAAUUUUUUGCCCCCUGCCCCCACCAUGUUUUCUUCCAGCCGUACUGAUCACCCCCCCCCCCACCACCUUGCAUAUACUACUUAAUUUAAUUUUUGAAAGGGGGGGGGGCUGGGGGGGUUGGCGGUGACAUGUUCAUCCAUUGUCUCACUUCCAGCUCACAGAUAUAUCGGUUAGCUUUCAUCGCAAGUCGUCUUAAAAAGAUAUGUGUACAGAUAGCAUCUGUAAGUCACGCCAUUGUCUAUCCUAUAAUCUCAGCUGUGAGUUUAAAGGGAGAAAUAUAGUGGGCCAGAUAAGGAAAUGUCCGCACCAGACAAUCUGAAGAUGGUGACGAUACGAGUAAGGUGGACUGAUGUCAGUGCUUUUAAAUUGUGUGAGGAAAAUAUUAAGCCUUUAUAAAAGAGUAACACUUUGAAAUUCAGCACUGAAAUUCUGUCCCCUGGGUGUGACAUCUGAGUUCACCUGCUUUUUUUUUCUACCUGAAAAGUCUGGGGUUUUUCCCUUUUUACACCCUUACACUUAGCGUUUUCAAAAUUCACUAUACUCAGAUUUCCAGUAUCGUGAAAUUGAGAAUGUCAGAAUGUUUUUUUUUUUUUUUCCCCAUUUGAAAUUUUAUUGUAAAAAUGCUAUUGGGAAUCUCAGUGAGGAAGAAAGGAUGAAGCAUAAUUGGAUUAACUUUGGUGGGGGUGGGGUCGGGGAGCACGGAGGGAUGUUGAGCGAGUUUAUGGAUCUAUAGCUGAGCACACUCAAUUGGGCCAGCCUUUCAAGGUUCACAAUUGGCCAAAAUUAUUCACAAUCAAAAAUUUUCCACUUGGGUUGACCAUACUUUUCCAGCAAUGGAGACGAAUAAUGAUAAAGAAUAAUUCAGUAAAAAAAAAAAACCUCUUCUACUUGUCCUCACACAACCUUUCCCCACCAAGCCAACUUUUGAACAGUGUCUCUUACUGACAUUUAUAAUGGUAACUUCAAUGAUAUACCAGUCAAAAUGGAUUUGAAGGUUGGGGGUGACUAGCUUAUUUGAAUAACCAAGGAUUUUCAAUAAAGAAUUUUUGUUUUGUUUCUGUUGUUCUGGGGGGCUUUCUGGUCCCUGCUGCUUCUCAGUUACCCAUGAUGCAAUGCUCUGUAUACCACUGAAGAGUUUUUUUUUUUGUGUGAUUAAUUUAUUUAACCAAGCACUAAUACCAUUGUUUUUGUCAUGUAAGCUUGAGUGUAGUUUUACUUUCAGUUGUUGUAUGUUUUGUUUUUGUUUUUAAACUGGAUGUUGAUAAGUAAACCUGGAGACAGGUUAAAAGUGGAUCUUUCAAAGACAAUACCCGGAGGUAUCCAAGAUUAAUUAGAUACUGUGUUGAAUAUUUAGCUGCAAUUGAGUCUGAAAUCCACCUUGGUCAGUGUCGUGAACUGGGUAACAUUUCAGAGUUUGUUGUUGGAAGAUAAAUUAUGAACUAAUGUUGAGAGAACUCAUUUAAUAUAUAUAUAUAUAUAUAUAUUUUUUUUUUUUUUGACGAAUAUGGUCAUGAAUGCAGCGUUAUUCAGACAAGAGCUAAGCAGACCUUUGACUGAAUGAUUCCAACUCUACCCCCCAACAUCCCACCCCAAACACCGCAGUUGUGAAUUGCCGUUUAUCUGGGUUCAAUGGGAAGACUCAGGCCAGAACAUCCUCCUAAUAGGGCACACUUCAAACCAGUGCCAUAUCUUUACAACACAACCUGAACCUAUGCAAGUGGGCCAUUUACACUAUUCAUCAACAAGGCUGAUACCUCCUCGUUUUGGAGCGUGUGCGCCAUCUUGUUUCAGACUAAAUAUUUGUGCUCGGGGUGACGAUGCUGAGGGGGAAGACCAUCGCCGGAACGUGUGGUCUAGAUGCUGUAGGAUUAUUUUGUUGCUAUUUAGUGUGGUAACUAUUUUAACUGUCCGCCUCUCGGGCCAACUGUAACGUAUAGCAUCCUGGUCCCUCUUUACCAUGUGUCACCUAAAUGAUUGUACUGCUGGAUUGAGAUUUAGAGGUAAACUCUUUUGCCUUUUUAAAAUAAAAAUAAAUUUUUUUUUUUUUUUGGUCUUCGUGUGGGGUGUGUGGAAAAGCCCCUUCGAUUAAUCUAAGAGAGGAGACUCAAAUUCCUGCUUGGGGUGGAGAGGCAAGCUAGCUUUUCAAGUCAGAAGAGCCAAACAAAUGUACUCUUUCGCCAUUCUGUACUGAUACAGAUCAUUAUCAAAAAUAAUAAUUUAUUUUCAAUUUGUUCUCGUAAGACCCCGUGUCUCAUUUUGCCCAGUUGUUCAUUGCUUGAUCACAAUCUUCUCUGUGGGAUAAUCACCCCGGUUCCCCUAUAUCCCCCUUAUAAAGUACCAUUUUACUUUCUAAAAGAAUCAGGAAUGAUUUCAUUUGUUAUUUUACUUUUUCAUAUUUUCUAACUGUAUUUUCAAUAACAUGAAUCUGUUUCCUCCCAUGCUGGUGCAGUGGUGGUGUAGUUUCUUACCUUUUGGGGAAAUUAUAUUGUACAUCUCUGCCUUUGACAGUCUUAACUUGUUUUACCCUUUUCCUUAUUAUUGGGCGCUGACCUUUAGGACACAACGAGUGUUAAAAAGAAAAUACAAAAAGUGUAAUAUUUUGCAACAUAAGUAUCAUUCCAAUAAAGUUUUACUUGUUUAAAAUUCAAA